CCGGGGGGGGCUCCGCGCCCACCGCCCACUUUUAAAAGUGGCGGCGGCCGCGCCGGGACGGGACCGGGAGGAACCGAGCGAGGGCACCGAGCCGAGCCGAGGGCACCGACCCCAGCCGGGACAGCCCCGAACCCGCCCGGGACAGCCCCGAACCGGCGCCACCCGCCCGCCGCGACCCCCGCGCCGCCACCGCCACCCCCGCGACCCCCGCCAUGUCCAACGCGCACUUCAACCGCGGCCCGGCCUACGGGCUCUCGGCCGAGGUGAAGAACAAGCUGGCUCAGAAGUACGACCCGCAGCACGAGCGGGAGCUCCGCGUGUGGAUCGAGGGCACCACGGGGCGCCGGAUCGGGGACAACUUCAUGGACGGGCUCAAGGACGGCGUCAUCCUCUGCGAGCUCAUUAACAAGCUGCAGCCGGGCUCGGUGCCCAAGGUGAACGAACCCGUCCAGAACUGGCACAAGCUGGAGAACAUCGGGAACUUCCUGCGGGCCAUCACGCGCUAUGGGGUGAAGCCCCACGACAUCUUCGAGGCCAACGACCUCUUUGAGAACACCAACCACACCCAGGUGCAGUCCACGCUCAUCGCCCUCGCCAGCCAGGCCAAGACAAAGGGGAACAACGUGGGGCUGGGGGUGAAAUACGCCGAGAAGCAGCAGCGGCGCUUCCAGCCCGAGAAGCUGCGCGAGGGCAGGAACAUCAUCGGGCUCCAGAUGGGCACCAACAAGUUCGCCAGCCAGCAGGGCAUGACGGCGUACGGGACACGGCGGCACCUGUACGACCCCAAACUGGGCACGGACCAGCCCCUGGACCAGGCCACCAUCAGCCUGCAGAUGGGCACCAACAAGGGCGCCAGCCAGGCGGGGAUGACGGCGCCGGGCACCAAGCGGCAGAUCUUCGAGCCGGCGCUGGGCAUGGAGCACUGCGACACCAUGACCAUCGGGCUGCAGAUGGGCAGCAACAAGGGCGCGUCGCAGACCGGCAUGACGGUGUACGGGCUGCCGCGCCAGGUCUACGACCCCAAGUACUGCGGCGGCCCCGAGCUGCUCGGCCUCGACGGCUGCGACGGCCUCUACAACUCGCAGUAGCCGCGGGCGCCGCCGCCGCUUGCACCGCGACACCGCUGACACCGCCGGCAGCACCGCCGCGCCCCGCCGGGGCUGCACCGGGGGAACCGAUACCGGGGGAACCGGGGGGGACCGGGGCUGACACCGGCAGCACCGCCGGGGCCGGGACCGGGGGAACCGAUACCGACACCGGCAGCACCGCCGGGACCUGGGCUGCCACCGGGGGAAGCGGGACCGGGAUCACCGUGUCCCGCCGAGCCAAAACCGGGGCUGGAACCGGGGAACCGGCACCGGGAUCACCGUGUCCCGCCGAGCCAAAACCGGGGCCGGCACCGGGAUCGCUCCUUGGGGGAACCGGGACCGAGAUCACCGUGUCCCGCCGAGCCAAAACCGGGGCUGGAACCGGGGAACCGGCACCGGGAUCGCUCCUGGGCACGGGCAGCACCGGGAAUUGGCCCCAGGGCAGGGACCGAUCCCGGGACCGGACACGGGGAGGGGUCGGUGCUGGGGACGGCCCCGGGAUUGGGCCCGGGGGAAAUCAGCCCCGGGAACGGCCCCGGGGAGUUCAGUCCUGGGACUGGCACCGGGAAUGGCCCCGGGAUCAGCCCCAAGGGGUUCAGUCUCGGUAUCAGUCCCGGUAUCGGUCCCGGUAUCAGUCCCAGAAUCAGUCCCGGGAUUGGCUCCGGGAUCGGUCCCAGGCUUAGUCCCGGAAUCAGCCCCGGUAAUGGCCCCGGGACUGAGCCCGAGGGGAAUCGGCCCCGGGAACGGCCCCGGGGGGUUCAGUCCCAGGAUCAGUCCCGGGGAGUUCUGUCCCGGUAACGGCCCCGGUAUCAGUCUCGGUAUCAUUCCCGGUAUCGGUCCCGGUAUCGGCCCCGGGGGGCUCGGCCCCCGCCACGUGUGAAGCCACCGAGGCACAAUAAAAGCCACACGCAGAGGUGACA